GGGAAAUAAAAGUGUUUACGUGUCUUUGAAAAUUCUCAAUUCCAGAUCCAACUGGGUCAAUAUGAAUGAACAAUGGGAUCAGUAUGGUGGAAAUCCAGAUCAUUGGCAGCGUUAUAGUUCCGCACCACCAGGGCAUUGCGGAUGGGGUGGUCCAGAUCCAUCAUGGUAUCCAAAGCCACAAUGGCCACAUUUUCAACAGGGUGUACGAGUGCAUGGCGGUCAACCUGAAUAUCCAUACCAUCCUCCUUCGGAAGCGGUAGAUUCUUAUCGCCAUGGAAAUUAUAAUAAUCAUCCUCCAUAUGGUUACCCUGGACACCAUGGAGCAUUCCCAAUUCAGCAGUUUUCGUUUGGACCUGAGACUUAUCGUGCACCGAGACCUCAUUAUGAUUACCAAGUUUCUGGUGGUUCUGAACUAGGAGAAGCUGAUAUCGAACAAAGUGAGAAAAAUUUGGCUGCCCAGCAUGAGUCGUUGCUUGCUCGUCAAAACGUUGAAAUUCUCGAGCUCUUGGACAAAAAGAGAGAGGAAAAUGUUAGGAAAACUGGAGAGCAAUUGAGCAUGUCUUGGGAACAGAUGAAUGAAAUGAUCCAACCGCUCAUUGAAGCCUGUACAAAAGAAAAUAUAUCUAAAGGAAAAUCUUGGGUUGUUGACAAAAUGUCUGAGUCACCUGAGCUAACUAAGCUAAUGUCUGAUUAUCUAAUAACACGUGCAAGUGCUAUUAGUGUUACAUUCGACUUAAGGCUCCACUUGGUAUACUUGUUAAACGACCUACUUCAUCAUUCUAAACGUCGUGGUGCUCCUGUUCAUCUGCAAGAAGCUUUACACGAAACAGUGCCGGUAAUUUUCUGCCUAGCGACUGAGAUUGCAGAUGAUGAACAAAGAGCCAAAAUUAAUCGUGUUUUAAGCUUGUGGGAAACCAACUCUUAUUUGCCAGUCGAAGUUUUGGUAAAGAUGCGACCUCCAGAAUCAGGUAAAUUCUUGGCGGAAUGGAAAGAAAGUCAGUCAAAGAAUGCUGAUCCAAACUUUACGUACUGGGGUCCACCACCACAGACUACUGGAGGAUUCGAUAUGCUUCCACAGGAUAUGAUGAGCGGGUCAGAUCCAAGAGAUAUGCAACGUCGAAUGCCUGGUUAUCCCCCACCUUCACAAAUGUCAGGGUAUACAGGACCUGGUGGUAGUGGGGCAAGUUAUCCUCCUCAAAUGGGUUGGCCACCUGGGCAGCAUGAUUCUGCAAAAUGGAAUCAAUCUGUACCUAACUACAACUCUCAACCUGGACACAAAAAUUUUGGUGGUCAUGAGUUAAGCAGCAAUGUAUAUAUUGAAGGUGAAGAACCAGAAGAUGAACAAUCUGUGUAUCCUAAUUCGUCUUAUGAAUGCGGAUCUUAUGGAGGUUAUUAUAAUCAUAACAAUAACGAUUAUCGACAGUAUGAAGACUCUUCUCAUGGUGUUCGAAAUACACGAGACAAUCAAAAUAAUCGUGAUGAGAAACCUCGAACAUUUCGCGGUAGUCGUCCUUCACGAUUUUCCUCUGCUCCAUCUCAUCCUGAGACAGGUAAUGAAAAGAAAAUUGAUCGUAGUGAUACUGGAAAAAAUACUGUCAGUAUGGAACAGCAACACAUAACACCUAAGACUGAUCUAGAAAUGCCAAAAAAUUCAGAAAAUUCUAUGAUACCGGUUGUUGAAUCUUAUGACAUAAAUCAAAAAUUCCCCGCUUGGCAAUUACCUGCAGGAUUAGUACAUCCAUUAAUUCGAUUAAAAGAUUUUGAUUUUACUCCACUGAAUGAAAACAAUUUGCAAUUAUUACCUCCAACAACACCGUCUGAACGUUUGCUUAUGGCAUUGGAGAAUUUCUACAUGCCACCCACCCCAGAUAAACCACGUGAUGGCGAAGGUUGGGAACACAUGGCUCUUCAUGAAUUUUAUACGAAAAAAGAACGCGCUCGUCCUUCUGAGCAUAAAGAAAACGAUAGAGACAACACAUCUACCAGUAAAGCAAAGUCAAAUCGACGCCGUCAACAUAGUGGAGGUAGUUAUGCAAGUAGUCACUCAGAAUAUGAUUUCACAAAUGAAUUAGUUCCAGACCUUCAACAUGACAUAGUGGUUGACGUUGAAAAGCCGUUUUCACGUGACAAUUCAGAUAAGGAAGGUCCCCUUGGACCAUCACAAUUAGCAUAUAUAACAUCUUAUCCCAAACUUGCAGUAGGUCAACCUCUCAGAACUGGCCUUGAAGCACUGACCUUGGCCCCUCCUCCUAUGCAGUGUAUGCAAGGACAACUAACACAUAAUUAUAGUGCUUAUAAAACAGCUGGUAUUCAACCGGGUAUUCCCAUACCUGUCCCUCCGUUACCAGGUUUACUAGGUGCCAUUCCACCUGGACCAAGUGGAUUCCCUAAUACAAACUUUCUACAAUUUCCUCCUCCGGUCAAUCAGCCACCACCAACCCUUCCACUGCCUCAAGGUUUGAUUCAAAGGCCCCCACCAGGAUUUUCUGUUGACCGUUUUGAAUCUCGUGGGUCGCGAUCUCGUUCUAGAUCUGAUUCACGUUCAAAGUCUCAUUCUCAUUCUGCGGAUUCACGUUCUCGUGACUUUCGUUCUCGUUCACGAACACAAUCUAGAUCUCAUAGUUCUCAAAGUAGAUCUCAGUCACGCUCUGAUUCUCGUGAUUCUCGUUCCAAAUCUGUGUCACCUAAUAAUGAUGAUGAAACUGGUAGCAACCAGUCACGUGGCCUUUCAAGAGAUCGAAGACGUAACAGAUCACGUUCACGAAGCUCAGGUUCACCGUUUGCUCGAUUCACUUCAGCUCCUGGACCUGGUGGUUUAGGAGCAGCCGGUGGAGGCGGUAGCGGUGGGAAUAUAAACGCUGCUCGUGCUGCUGCAAUAGCAGCUGCGGUUUCCAUAGCUAAUUCAAUCAACGCACAAUCUGUCUGGUCCAAUAACAACGUUAGUAAUAGUAACAAUACUACUAAUAAUAUACCCACUAACGCAUUUAACAACCAAGGCUUUAGCGGGCCUGGUCUUUUACCAGGUGGUCCGUACGCAGACACCAAUAGAAUAACCUACUAUGGCGGCGGAUUUCAACCUAACCAGGGACAACACAAUCGUGGCGGUGGUGUUGGAGGCGGCGGUUCACGUGGUGGUUACAAUUCCAAUAAUUUACCAGGGCGAGGAGGCGGUAAUAUGCGAUACCAUGGGUCGGACGAUCGCUUUUAUCCACCUCCACGCGAUCACCAACGUCGAUAAAAAUGCUUUACUUGUUCAUGAGAUAUUUUCCAAUUAUACUCUUUGACUUUUGCAUUGUUUCUAUUAAUGAAUAUCAUUCAUGUGACUGUAAAUUCAAACAAUCUAAAUACAACUAUAUAUUGUUUGU